AGCCUCUUGGAGACAUUUGAGGCAACUGGUUGGGGUGGCUGUGGCGGUAGAGGUGCCAUGUGUGAAUGGCCUUGGGAUUCGCUUUGCUGCGGGUCGGCAGUCCGAAGUGGUUAAUGAGGGGGUCACCUGGGUUGUCUCUUGCUAAUAAAUGUGCAAGCACAAGCUGGAAGACACCGAACUGUUGUUGCUUAGCAUUGAGUUAGGUGGUUACAAGAUCGUUUGGGAUCUCUGUUGGGUGUGGGUUAUUCUCUCCAUGUGUGAGUGGCCUUGGGAUUCGCUUUGCUGCGGGUUGAUGAGGGGGUCACCUGAGUUGUCUCUUGCUAAUAACUGUGCAAGCACAAGCUGGAAGACACCGAACUGUUGUUGCAUAGCAUUAAGUUGGGUGGUUACAGGAUCGUUUGGGAUCUCUAUUGGGUACGGCGCCAAUGUUGUUGCACAAGAACUCCAGAGCACUCCUAUCCUCGACUGCUUACUUCGAUUAACCUGCAUAGCCUCGAGGUAUGGCCUUGGGGUAGACACUCCGACACCCAAGUCAGCAAUAAUCAGAGCUACCAGUUAUGAAUCAAGAGCUGAGCUUGAGUUCGGUUUUUCAUUACCUCUUGGAGAGGACCCUUGGGGGACAGGAGCAGAGGGGAUGAACUCGAACUCCGAUGAGCUCGACUACGGCGAUCUCAUCGUUGAGUUCAUCGCUCAAGCCGGUGACUGGGUCACUAAGAAUAGAUGCGGCUAUCCGAGGCUAUGGACCCCGAGAUACAGUGAGGAGCGUGACCUCUAACUACUACCACUACAAUUACAUCUCUAAUUCUAUCUCAAAACUUGUGGUAGGAUUUAUCAGCUGAGAUAACAGAAAGCUGGAAGCACAUAGUUUUUCUUUGAAGAAUGUUAACAAUCUACACUGAAGUUUCUAUGAAGCCGCAACUGGUUCAAUCAUAUAUUAAUGCUAUAAUGCUAUCAUAUAAUGGGAUGGGAAAAUAUUACAGCAGAAAAAGCUGCCCUUAGGAGAUAAGUACCACUUCUAUCGACCCCGUCGAUCAGUUACAGCACCUUCAACUUCAAGGUCAAAUGAAUAGACGGUCAAUGUGAUGAUGACUCUGCUCCGCAGAGAGAAGGCCUUGCAAUUUUCAUUUUUGGGACAAUUUGAAUUUGAUCCUUCUUUGUUGUUUGCAAUUAAAUGAUAGUAGGAGUGUGGGACAGGUGGUUGUAUUAAUUUGGCAAGUGAUUAAUAAAUAAUAACAAAGUCA